AUGUUGACUUCGCCUCGAGACGGACUUGUCUGGGACGAUUCGGGCUGGGAUCUUGAGCCCAGGUGGGCAUCUGAGCCUAGCAUCGAAGCGAUCCAGGCCACGUGCCGGCGAGUUUUGCAGCUUGAUGCGUCAGACGACUGUUCAGUGUCGUUCAUGGCUGAAGGCGCCUUCAACAAGGUGUACCUUGUCGAGGACAACUGUGAACGGAGAUGGGCCUUUCGAGUCUCGCUCCCCGUUGAUCCCCACCUCAAGGUAGCUGGCGAAGCAGCAACUCUCUGUUGGCUCGAACGCCACUCGGACAUUCCGGCACCCAAAGUGAUUGCUUUUGACGCCUCAAGGGACAAUGACCUAGGCUAUGAAUGGAUCCUCAUGGAUUUUAUGCCAGGAACUUCUGCCUACCGUCGAUGGCGUAAGAUGUCGAUGGAGGCCAAGAAGACUCUGGUUGAGAAGAUUGCUGAGUAUCAGGCACAACUCUUCAACUCGGAAUUUCGUACUAUUGGCACCCUGAAGGAUGCAAGCCUUGACGCCGAUUCCAAACCGGACCCUGGACAGCUCGUUGAUCUCAUGUUCUUCAUGGGUAAGCAUUAUGACUUGGAUGCCCCUCGAGGGCCAUUUCGUUCUAGCCACGACUGGCUCAAGUCGUUCAUCUCUGUCAUCAUUGAAGACCAAAAGAGAGUGAUAAACGACCUCUCGGACUCGGAUUCAGACUCGGAUUCAUCCUCAGACCCAUCAUCGGACGAUAGUUCAUCCUCAGCCGACAGCUCAUUCUCAGAUGACAGCUCAUUCUCAGAUGGCAGUUCAUCGUCAGACGACAGCUCAUCGUCAGACGACAGCCCAGACUCGGAUUUACCCUCAGAAUCAUCUUCAGACCAUAUCUCGGAUUCGGAUUCAGAUUCAGAUUCAGACGGGAGCUCAGACUCAUCAGACUCAGACUCAAAGGAAAAAGCAGCCGCCGGGUACAAUAUUGAAGUGGCUGAGUUACUCGCUGAUCUCCUCCCCGAUAUCUUCCCCAAGAUCCUGAACCCACCGGAGCGAACAGUACUGGUGCACGAUGACCUUUCACUGGACAAUAUCUUGGUCGACGACGAUGGCGCCAUCACAGCCAUCAUAGACUGGGAAUGCGUCUCGGCGGUGCCUCUCUGGUUCGCUACGCGAAUGCCCAAGUUCCUUCUCGGCCCGGACCGUGAAGAACCCCCGGAUCGCGAUUGGUACAUGGAUGAUGAUGAAGAGAUGGAGGCUGCGAAACGAAUUCGCGAAGGCGACGAUUAUCUCGACAGCGAAGGCAAGAACCCCCUCUACUGGUAUCACCUCAUGGAAUAUGAGCAGACAGAGCUCAGGAAGCUGUACUCGGACCGUUUGUCUGAACUGUGUCCUGCAUGGGGAAGGGAAGUUGCCGAUAGCGGGCUGAAGAGGGAUUUCUACGAGGCGAUUUUUCGCUGCGCCGACCGUUGGCGUUUGAUCAGGAUUGACGAUUGGGUUGGGGAGAUCUGGGAGGGAGAGUUCCCGACAAUGGCCGAGAUGAUGGAACCGGGCCGUACGUAG